GGGUUCAAACAUUCAAGGUUCGACGAAAAAGGCGCCAAAUCGUAGUGGUGCUUGAUUACCGGUGUGUCAUCAAAGCUCAUUCUUUACUUGUGAUGAUAGGAUAGUGAAAUGGAGUCAGUGGAUGUGUUCUUGGAUCAUCUCCAGAAGGAUCAACAACGUCGGCAAAAUGAGCUUAUGCAGAAAGAAAAACUAAGGAAGGAGGAGUUAGAGAAACUUACACAGACUUUGAGUCAGCUAAAAGAAGAGAAACAACAGUGUGUAUUGGCAAUCGAUAAAAACCUGAGUUCCAUAACUUCCUCAAGGCACAGCAUUCACAAGAGCGUGCAGGAGACCAAGGGAGAUGCUGAACUACCAAUUUCCAACAUCUCUCGAACACAAGCCCUGAAUUUUUUCAAUGACACCAUGACAUUCAUCAACUUUCAGAGUGAGAAAUCGGAAACGAUUGGGGCGGAAGAGAUCGUGGAUACUGAGAAAAUAUCAACUGCAGUACAAAACUCGAAUGAAAACUCCAAAAAAGAUGUUGUAAAGGUAAAUAGCAAAGUGACUGCGGUACAGACUGUGAUAGACAGCAUUCCAGUAUUUUCUGAGUACAUCACUUCAAUAAAUGAUGAAGAGGAGGAAUCACAGUUCAAUUUAUCUCUUACGUUAAUCUAGACUGAUAUUUUUAUUCAAUAAAUUAAUUUUUUUAGAAAUUUAUUUAUCUGCCUAUCGUCUGUAUGUCGCUUCUCAUUUAUUCGAUAUGUCUAGUUUAUUGCCUAGAGUUCAUUUGAUAAGUAGAGGUUGAACUCCACGACAUCCUAUAGCAUUGGAAGAAUCGCUGGCAUUUAUUAUUUUUAAGAAAAUAGUUCAAUCUAUUCUUUGUAGAAGACUUAAUUGAGAUACUACCAUAGAAUAUGUCUGUAUUCGAGACAUGUAAUACGAUUUUUCAGUAAAUUUUUUUU